AUUUUAGAGUUUUAUUAAAGGGAAUUUAUGCGGAUGGGUCCUGUACGAAAAUAGGGAGAUGUGUGAUGUGCGAUGCUCUGGCAGGGGAGGCAGAGCCGGGGCCGUCCUCGACAGCUCCACGUCAUAAUGACGAGAGAGGGGGAGAGGCUGCAGCCCCUCCCCUUCUCAGGGAAUUCCCUGACGGGGAUUUCCCUUUGGAGCAGUCGCGAGACGAAACCCUCAAACACGCCUUUGACCAAGUGAGAGUCAUCGAUGGUCAACGACUCCAGCCGGACAUUGCCCUUUCAUACCCCUAUUUUGCAAUUAUAAAUGAGCGGUUGUAUAGAGUGACACAGGACACUCGGACCAAAGAGGAUACAACCCAACUUUUGAUUCCAAGGAGCCAUCGGGAAAUGGUAUUCCAGGUGGCUCAUUAUAAUCCCAUGGCGGGUCACUUAGGAGAAAGGAAGACACUGAACCGUCUAAUAGCCCAUUUCUAUUGGCCGGGCAUUGGCGGCGAUGUCCGCAGGUGGUGUGCGACAUGCCGCGAAUGCCAGCUGGUUAACCCACCGGCCACCCCAAAAGCGCCAUUGCGCCCUCUCCCUCUGAUCGAAGUCCCCUUUGAGAGAAUUGGAAUGGACCUCGUCGGGCCAUUAGAACGGUCAGCACGCGGACAUCGCUUUUUAUUGGUCCUAGUGGACUAUGCAACGCGAUAUCCAGAAGCAGUGCCUCUUCGCAACAUCUCAGCACGCAGUGUUGUGGAGGCGCUCUUCAAAAUAAUCUCCCGGGUGGGGAUUCCAAAGGAAAUCUUCACCGAUCAGGGCACAACGUUUAUGUCACGGACACUACGCGAACUGUACGAGUUGUUAAAUAUUAAAUCGAUUCGCACCAGCGUGUACCAUCCUCAAAUGGAUGGCCUGGUGGAACGAUUUAAUAAAACCCUUAAAAACAUGAUUCAUAAGUUCGUGCAUGAUGAUGCUAGAAAUUGGGAUAAAUGGCUCGACCCCCUGUUAUUUGCAGUAGGAGAGGUCCCGCAAGCCUCCACUGGCUUCUCCCCAUUCGAGCUGCUGUAUGGGCGACGCCCACGCGGUGUAUUGCGAGAAGCCUGGGAGGAGGGACCUUCAAACAGUAAAAAUGAAAUUCAGUACGUUCUUGAUCUUAGAGCAAAACUCCACACUUUGGGACAGAUAACACAGGAGAAUUUGUUCCAAGCUCAAGAACGACAGCGCCGACUGUAUGACAGGGGAACUCAGCUAAGGGAAUUUGCACCGGGAGAUAAAGUGCUUGUAUUGCUUCCCACAUCGAGCUCUAAAUUACUCGCCAAGUGGCAAGGACCCUUUGAGGUCACACGACGAGUGGGAGAUCUCGAUUAUGAGGUUAAACGAACCGAUAGAGGGGGUGCAUGUCAAAUAUACCAACUCAAUCUCCUGAAAUUGUGGAGGGAGGCGGUUCCCUUGACGUUGGCUAUGGUAGUUCCCGAGAAGGCAGAGCUCGGACCGGAGGUGAGUUCAAAACAUAAACAGUUCACCCCGGUCAUUUGCGGAGACCACCUCUCACUGAGCCAACUCGUGGAGGUUGCUAGGUUGCAACAGGAGUUUGCAGAUGUGUUUUCCCCUCUACCGGGAUGUACAAACCUCAUCCAUCACCACAUCAAGACCGAGCCGGGGGUUGUGGUACAUAGCCACCCCUAUCGACUACCCGAACACAAGAAGAAAAUCGUUCGGGAAGAAUUGGAUGCAAUGCUUGAUAUGGGGGUAAUAGAAGAAUCCCACAGUGAUUGGUCCAGCCCAGUUGUUCUAGUGCCUAAGAGCGACGGGUCUGUGCGAUUCUGUGUGGAUUAUAGAAAAGUCAACGCGGUGUCUAAAUUUGAUGCGUAUCCAAUGCCUCGCGUUGAUGAGUUGUUCGAUCGGUUGAGCACUGCUCGUUUUUAUUCGACAUUGGAUUUGACGAAGGGUUAUUGGCAGAUCCCCUUGACACCAAUUUCCCGUGAGAAAACCGCCUUCUCCACACCGUUUGGAUUACACCAAUUUGUGACACUUCCGUUCGGUUUGUUUGGAGCCCCGGCUACGUUUCAGCGUCUUAUGGACCAAAUCCUCAGACCGCAUUCAGCUUACACCGCUGCCUAUUUAGAUGACAUCAUCAUUUAUAGCAAUGAUUGGCAGCGGCAUAUGCAGCAUCUGAGGGCGGUUCUGAGAUUGCUGCGCCGAGCGGGACUCACAGCGAACCCGAAGAAGUGCGCGAUUGGACGGGUGGAGGUACGGUAUCUGGGGUUCCACUUGGGCCACGGGCAGGUGCGUCCCCAAAUUGACAAUACAGCGGCGAUUGCGACCUGCCCGAGACCCAAGACCAAAAAAGGGGUGAGACAGUUCCUGGGGCUGGCUGGCUAUUAUAGAAGGUUCGUACCUAAUUAUUCGGACGUCACCAGCCCGCUGACUGAUCUCACUAAAAAGGGAGCUCCAGAUCCGGUCCAGUGGAAGGAGCAGUGUCAGUGGGCGUUCACGCAAGUUAAAGCUGCACUUUGCGGGGGGCCACUUUUACAUUCACCUGACUUCUCUCUCCCUUUUGUUUUACAGACAGAUGCUUCAGACAGGGGGCUGGGGGCCUUACUCUCGCAGGUGGUGGAGGGGGAGGAGCGCCCGGUGCUGUACAUUAGCCGUAAGCUCUCAUUAAGGGAAACUAAGUACAGCACCGUGGAAAUGGAGUGUCUCGCCAUCAAGUGGGCGGUCCUCACUCUCCGAUACUACCUGCUGGGGCGGGCCUUCACCCUCUGCUCGGAUCAUGCCCCACUCCAGUGGCUCCACCGCAUGAAAGAUACUAAUGCCCGGAUCACCCGUUGGUAUCUGGCUCUUCAGCCGUUUAAGUUCAAGGUGGUCCACAGACUGGGGGCGCAGAUGGCUGUCACCAACUUUCUUUCCAGGAAUGGGGGGAAGUGGUAGGCAGGCCGGAUGCAGCCCCGGCCUGAGUCGGGCGGUAGGGAUAUGUGGCAGCGGGGGCAUGGUCAAGCAUCUCUCCGGAGAGAGAGAAAGCGGUAAGGGCGCUUACACCUGAGCAAAAUUAUGUCUAACACCUGUCUCUAAUUUCAGUGAGCACGGGGAGAGCGGCAUAAAUAGACACACCGCAAGUAGAAGAGAGAGAGAGAGACUGGACACGACAGGCCCGAACCAGAGCAAAGAUUUGUUAUUAUGAGUAAUGAGAGUUUAUUUUGUGAAGCAGUGUGUGAUAGUGGUUUAACUUAGUGCUUAACCUGAGACGGUAAAUUGUGCUGCAAAGAGGAAGAAAUAAAUCCUUACCUAAACAAGGAAAGCUGCUUCUUGCCUCCUCCUUUACAGGAGCUCUCUGUAGACCCUGAAGAACUACAGAGAGGUCCCAUGAGGGAACGAGGUGCAGUCUGAAGGGAUUCAACCUCCUGGCACCUCUCAGGAACCUGAUGAUCAGGUCGUGCUUCCCUAAGGACUUACCAUCCACUGUGUCGUGGUGUGCCGCUAUAGCGGCUACAUACACCUUCAAGGUGGAGAGGGACAGCUGCCCUUUCAACCUCUCCUGCAGGAAGGAAAGCACCAACCCGACUGUGCAUCUCUGGGGGUCUUUGCGUCGGGAAGAACGCCACUUAGCAAACAGACGCCAAUUAAAGGCAUACAGGCACCUCGUAGAGGGGGCCCUAGCCUGAGUGAUCGUGUCUACCACCGCUUAAGUCUUCCACGUCCCGUCCAGGGGCCAGACAUGGAGAUUCCAGAGGUCUGGUUGUGGGUGCCAGAUGGUAACCCCAUCCCUGAGAAAGAAGGUCCUUCCUCAGGGGAAUUUGCCAGGGGGGGCUGUCGCAAGGAGCGUGAGGUCCGAGAACCAUGUCUAGGUGAGCCAGUAGGGUGCUACCAGGACAACCUGCUCCUCAUCCUCCCUGACCUUGCACAGGGUCUGUGCAAGUAGGCUCACUGGGGGAAAUGCAUAUUUGUGAAGUCCAGGGGGCCAGCUGUGUGCCAGUGCGUCUAUACCGAGAGGUGCCUCGGUCAGGGUGUACCAGAGCGGGCAGUGGGAGGAUUCUUGGGAGGCGAACAGGUCUACCUGUGCCUGUUCCAAUCGACUCCAGAUCAGCUGGACCACCUGAGGGUGGAGUCUCCACUUUCCCCUGAGGGUAACCUGCCGUGACAGCGCAUCGGCUGCAGUGUUGAGGUCGCCUGGGAUGCGAGUGGUUUGCAGCGAGGUUCUGCUGACUCCAGAGGAGGAGACAGCGGGCGAGUUCUGACAUACAACGGGAGCGCAGACCGCCUUGACGGUUGACAUAUGCUACCGUUGCCAUGUUGUCUGUCCGAACUAACACGUGCUUGCCCUGGAUCAACGGCUGGAACCUCCGCAGGGCGAGCAGAAUUGCCAGCAACUCGAGGCAGUUGAUGUGCCAAUGCAGCCGCGGGCUCGUCCAUAAGCUGGUGGCUGCGUGCCCAUUGCAAACAGCGCCCUAGCCUGUUUUACAGGCAUCUGUCAUAACCAUGACGCACCUGGAGACCUGCUCUAGGGGAACGCCUGCCCGUAGAAACGUGAGGUCGGUCCAAGGGCUGAAGAGGCGGUGACAGAUUGGCGUGAUGGCCACGCGAUGCCAUGCUCAUCUCAGGACUCAGUACUGGAGCGGUCUCAUAUGCAUCAACCCUAGUGGAGUGGCCACCACUAAGGAUGCCAUAUGCCCCAGGAGCCUCUGAAAGAGUUUCAGUGGAACCACUGUUUUCUGUUUGUACACAUUCUUUUCCCAGUAGACCCGAAGCCCUAGUCAGCUGAGGUGCGACACAACAUAUCCAGUGAGUGAGCUAGGAUUAGCCAAUCGACAAGAUAGUUGAGAAUGCGAAUGCCCACUUCCCUUAAAGGGGCAAGAGCUGCCUCUGCGAUCUUCAUGAAGAGGCGAGGGGACAAGGACAGACCGAAAGGGAGGACCUUGUACUGAUACGCCCGACCCUCAAAUGCAAACUGCAGGAAGGGUCUGUGUCAAGGUAGAAUCGAGACGUGGAAGUACGUGUCCUUCAGGUCUACCACCGCGAACCAAUCUUGAUGCCGGACGCUCGCCAGAAUGUGUUUUUGCAUCCGCAUCUUGAACGGGAGUCUGUGUAAAGCCCGGUUCAGUACUCGCAGGUCCAGGAUUGGCCGCAACCCACCGCCUUUUUUCGGUACAAUGAAGUAGGGGCUGUAAAACCUCUUCUUCAUCUCGGCUGGAGGGACAGGCUCUAUUGCAUCCUUCUGUAGGAGGGUAGCAAUCUCCACAUGCAAGAUAGCAGCGUUCACGCCCUUGUGGUGAAGUGAAUGCCGCUGAACUUGGGUGAACUGAAUCGCGUAGACGAGUCGGACGGUCUGGAUCAGCCAUCGCGACGGAUUUGAAAGCGCAACAUCUAAGCUCCGGGCGAGGGGGACCAAGGGGACAAUCUCGUCGGACGUACCGGCAGGUGGGGCCUCGCGGCAGGGCGAAGCCCAAGGUGCCACGCCAUGUUGUGGCCGUGCUGAGUUCAGGGACAUCAAAGCACUUACUUGGCUCCUUGUAACCACCCCAGAACAGCCUGGGACGGGGGAGGAAGAGGCCUGUCUUUGUGACCCGUGGAGACUGUUACAUCGGGGGCGGAUUUGGCAACGAGCAGGCGGGGUGCGGGAUCUUUAGCUGCACCGGGGCAGGAUGUGCCGGAUAGCCUCCAUCUGCUGCUUCACCGUCAAGAACUGCUGGGCAAAGUCCUCAAUGGUGUCGCCGAAUAGGCCAAGCUGGGAAAUGAGGGCAGCAAGGAACCAUGUCUUGUUGGCCUCACCCAUCCUGACCAGGUUGAGACAAAGGUGGCGCUACUGGACCACUAAGGUGGACAUCGCCCGCCCGAGAGACCGUGCCGUGACCUUCAUUGCCCGGAGAGCAAGGUUGGUCGCUGAGCGCAGCUCCUGCAUCAAAUCUGGGGUGGAACUACCCUCAUGCAGUUCCUUUAGCGCCUUGGCUUGAUGGACUUGGAGAAGAGCCAUGGCGUGCAGGGCGGAGGUGGCUUGUCUAGCGGCACUGUAGGCUUUGGCCGUCAGGGACGACGUAAACCUACAGGCCUUGGACGGGAGCUUUGGGCAUCUGCGCCAGGUGGCGGCGCUCUGCAGGCAUAGAUGCACCGCAAGCGCCUUAUCCACCAGGGGAAUCGCCGAAUAGCCCCUGGCCACCCCGCCAUCAAGGGUAGUGAGGGCGGGGGAGCUGAAAGAUCGGGACCGGGCAGUAAAAGGUGCCUCCCACGAUCUUGUCAGCUCCUCAUGCGCUUCCGGGAAGAAACAGACUGGAGCGGGGCGUGGCUGCUUUGAGCGGUGCCUCGAGCCCAGGAACCAAUCAUCGAACCACGAGGGUUCAGGGGAGAGCGGAGGGUUCCACUCUAGCCCGAUGCUCGCGGCUGCCCGGGAAAGCAUGUCCGUCAUUUCCGCACCAGCCUGUGACUGGGCAACCGCACCUGGGGGGGGAGCCCAGCUGAGGCUUCUGCAUCUGACUGGACGAGCCUGUUGUCCGAUGCUGCGCUCAAGAGCUCAUCAGUUUCGCGGGCUCCAAACAAGAGCUGGCGGACUCAUCCGAGCAUGCUGGGGAAUGGGAGGCCCGUGGGGGGAUACCCGGCAGAGGUGGUCCCAUUGGGGUCCCCAAAUCACCCCCAGUGUUAGCCGUGCUGGCCUUAUACCCGUAGGUAGAAGGACCAAGGUGGGGAGCCGCUGGGGUGGCUUGCUUUCUUAUGAAAACAAGCCGCGACCGCAAUGUUGCCAUGGUCAUGUUCUCGCAGUGAGUACAUGAUCCAUCCACGAAUGCUGUCUCCAUGUGGGUCGCGCCCAGACACGAAAGACAGCAAUUGUGACCGUCAGAAGUUGAGAGAUAAUGACCGCAACCAGGAAUAACACACAAACGGAAAGACGCAUCUUAAAAAGACAUUCCGUGUGUGCUGCUCUUUUAGAGAAAUAUACUCUUUUAGAAAAAUAUACUCUUUUUUUUCUGCCGUAGCGCCCUGGGGCAUUCUCUGCAGUGCACCAGCGCAGAGGACGGAGAAACCGCUGAAGUGCAUCAUCAGAUCCAGCAGAGGUGAAUGAACAGUCAGCUCAGUAAACAUCAACCGUUCAGCUCCGAAGAGAAAAUCUGAAGUGGUUGCAUACCAGCUCCUUUUAUAACCAUAUGUCUGGGGGAGUGAUAUGCAAAUACCACUCACCAAUUUUCAUUGGCCUUUUAUCAAAGACCAGAGGUGUCUUGGGCUCCCAAGAGUGACCCCUAGUGUCACUACAUCGACACAACGUCGAGUGAGUGAUAGAUAGGUAAGAGAAAGCACCCACCCUCAGAACGAUCCAGUGCUGGUCGGACCAAUCAGACUCUACGCUACAAGACUAUUUUGAUCACAUGGACUGGGAGAUGUUCCGGUCCUCCUCUGAUGACGACAUCGAGGUUUACGCUUAUAGCGUAACAUGUUUCAUCAGAAAGUGCAUAGAGGAUGUUGUUCUGACCAAAACAAUACGGAUCUACCCCAAACUGAAGCCAUGGAUAAAUAGUGAUGUUCGCGCGGCGCUUGAUACACGGACCUCCGCUUUUAAUUCCGGGAACACGGAGGAGCAUAAACAAGCCAGUUAUGUACUCCGCAAAACUAUCAGAGCAGCCAAACACCAGUACAGGGACAAGAUUGAAGGACAGUUUAACACCACCAACUCUAGAAGCAUGUAGCAGGGAAUUAAUAUCAUCACGGACUUUAAAGGGAAUAAAAACUCCGCCAUGAACACCACUGCCUCUCUCUCGGAUGACCUAAAUAAUUUUUAUGCUCGUUUCAAGGGAAAUAACACCACCCUCGUGGCGAGAGCUCUCGCGGCCGAAGCUACAGAGGUUAGUUCACUCUCCGUCACUGUAGCGGAUGUAAUCCGAUCCUUCCGACGGGUGAAUAUCCAUAAAGCCACGGGUCCAGAUGGCAUUCCGGGCCGUGUCAUCUGAGCGUGUGCGAACCAACUGGCAGGUGUUUUUACAGACAUUUUCAACCUUUCCCUCUUCUUGUCUGUGGUCCCCACAUGCUUUAAAACGUCUACCAUUGUGCCUGUACCGAAGCUAUCCAAAAUCACUUGACUGGUGUCCUGUUGCUCUGACCCCCAUCAUCAGCAAAUGCUUUGAGAGACUAAUCAGAGAUUACAUCUGCUCUUUGCUGCCUCCAUCACUGGACCCAUUGCAGUUUGCUUACCACAACAACCACUCCACUGAUGAUACCAUUGCAUCUACACUACACACUGCUCUCUCCCACCUGGAAAAAAGGAACAUAUGAGAAUGCUGUUUGUAGACUACAGCUCAGCAUUUAACACCAUAAUGCCCUCCAAGCUUGAUGAGAAACUCCAGGCUUUGGGCUUAAACAGCUCGCUGUGCCGCUGGAUCCUGGACUUCCUAUCAAGCAGAUGCCAGGUGGUUAGAAUGGGCAGCAACAUCUCCUCAUCACUGACCCUCAACACUGGAGCUCCGCAGGGCUGUGUUCUCAGCCCACUCCUGUAGUCCCUGUAUACACAUAACUGUGUGGCAACACACAGCUCCAAUGCCAUCAUUAAGUUUGCUGAUGAUACGACGGUGGUAGGUCUGAUCACUGACAAUGAUGAAACGGCCUACAGAGAGGAGGUACACACUCUGACAGGCUGGUGUCAGGAGCACAACCUCCCCCUCAACGUCAGCAAGACAAAGGAACUUGUGGUGGACUUCAGGAGAAAAGACAGAGAACACAGCCCCAUCACCAUCAAUGGAGCACCGGUGGAGAGAGUCAGCAGCUUCAAGUUCCUCGGUGUCCAAAUCACUGAGGAACUCAUAUGGUCUGUCCACACUGAGGCCGUUGUGAAGAAGACUCAUCAGCGCCUCUUCUUCCUGAGAUGGCUGAGGAAGUUUGGAAUGAACCACCACAUCCUCACACUGUUCUACACCAGCACUGUAGAGAGCAUCCUGACUGGCUGCAUCACUACCUGGUAUGGCAAUAGCACUGCCCACAACUGCAAAGCCCUGCAAAGUGUGGUGCGAACUGUCAGACACAUCAUCGGAGGUAAGCUUCACUCCCUCCAGGACAUAUAUACCAGGCGGUGUGUGAAAAAAGCUCGGAGGAUCAUCAGAGACUCCAGCCACCCGAGCCAUGGGCUGCUCUCACUGCUGCCAUCAGGCAGGCGGUAUCGCAGCAUCAGGACCCACACCAGCCGACUUCAUGACAGCUUCUUCCCCAAGCAAUCAGACUUUUGAACUCUUGAUCUCUCACGAUCAAUUUACAUCAGCACUGCACUUUAUUAAUCUUAUUAUCUCACACUGGACUGUCAUAAAUUAUAUUCUCUCUUAACAACACACUGGCAACUGACUAUCAACUGACAGCCUGAAUGUCAAUACAGUACAAUACAACCUACUGUAUAUUUUAUAUACAGUUGUGCUCAAAAGUUUACAUACCCUUGGAGAAUUGGUAAUAUAUGUACCAUUUUUAAAGAAAACAUGAGUGAGCAGGCAAAACACAUUUAAUUUAUUUCUUAUGGGAUUCAUAUUCAACUGUAGGUUACAACAGAAUGGCACAAUCAGAAAACAAAACAUGGCAACAAUGAAAAAAAUGAAAUGACUCCUGUUCAAAAGUCUGCAUACCCUUAGUUUUUAAUACUGUGUAUUGCCCCCUUUAGCAUCAAUGACAGCAUGCAGUCUUUUGUAAUAGUUGUCUAUGAGGCCCCAAAUUCUUGUAGGUGGUAUAGCUACCCAUUCGUCUUGGCAAAAUGCCUCCAGGUCAUGCAAAGUCUUUGGUCGUCUUGCAUGAACCGCACGUUUGAGAUCUCCCCAGAGUGGCUCAAUGAUAUUAAGGUCAGGAGACUGUGAUGGCCACUCCAGAACCUUCACCUUUUUCUGCUGUAACCACUGGAGGGUCAACUUGGCCUUGUGCUUAGGGUCAUUGUCGUGCUGGAAAGUCCAAGUGCGUCCCAUGCGCGGCUUUCGUGCAGAAGAAUGCAAACUGUCUGCCAGUAUUUUCUGAUAACAUGCUGCACUCAUCUUGCCAUCAAUUUUUACAAGAUUCCCCAUGCCUUUAGAGCUCACACACCCCCAAAACAUCAGUGAGCCACCACCAUGCUUCACAGUGGGGAUGGUAUUCUUUUCACUAUAGGCCUUGUCCAAACAUAGCACUUAUGGUUGUGAACAUAAAGCUCUAUUUUGGUCUCGUCACUCCAAAUUACAGUGUGCCAGAAGCUGUGAGGCGUGUCAAGGUGUUGUCGGGCAUAUUGUAACCAUGCUUUUUUGUGGCAUUGGCGCAGUAAAGGCUUCUUUCUGGCAACUCAACCAUGCAGUUCAUUUUUGUUGAAGUAUCGUCGUAUUGUGCUCCUUGAAACAACCACUGUCUUUUUCCAGAGCAGCCUGUAUUUCUCCUGAGGUUACCUGUGGGUUUUUCUUUGUAUCCCAAACAAUUCUUCUGGCAAUUGUGGCUGAUUCUGGCAAAUUUUCUGCUCCCCAUGGCUCAGAGUCUAGCCUGCUCAGUUCAUCCAUGUGAGAGCUAACAAACUCAUUGAUUAUUUAUACACAGACACUAAUUGCAUUUUAAAAAGCCACAGGUGUGGGAAAUUAACCUUUAAUUGCCAUUUAAACCUGUGCGUGUCACCUUGUGUGUUUGUAACAAGGCCAAACAUUCAAGGGUAUUUAAACUUUUGAUAAGGCCAUUUGGGUGAUUUCUGUUAUCAUUAUGAUUUAAAAAGGAGCCAAACAACUAUGUGAUAAUAAAUGGCUUCAUAUGAUCACUAUCCUUAAAUAAAAGACAGUUUGUUUUUUUUGUUUGUUUUGUUUUGCAUGAUCAGUCAUAUUUUCAAAAUCAAUGCCAAAAUGUCACAAUUUCUGCCAGGGUAUGCAAACUUUUGAGCACAAAUGUAUACUAUAUAUACUAUUUUUAUUGUAUAAUGUGUAUUCUAUAUUGUGUGUAUGUGUAUUCUAUAUUGUGUGUAUUGUAUACUGUACAUUGUAUUAUUAUUUGUAUAUUGUGUUGUGUGUAAUAUGUGUAUAUUAGAUAUGUAAAUUGUGAUGUGUAAAUCUGAUGUUUAUUGUAAAUUGGUAUAUGUCUCAAAACUGUCAUGACUGCUAUGUUGCUCGGAACUGCACCCAAGACUUUCACCCACUGUUGCAUUUGUGUAUAUGGUUGUGUGACAAUAAAAGUGAUUUGAUUUUUAUUUGAUAAUAAUGUUUCUAUGUGUGUUCUGUAUUUUUCUAUGUGAGUGCUUAUCUAAAUGUGUUUUAAAACUUAGUAAGCUAAACGGUACACUCAAAAAAUAGAUAGAAGUUCUCUAUAGAGAGCUGACCUGAUAAGAAUAUAUUAAUUAUUCAUGGUGACGAGGAGGAGGGCGGGGCCGGGCCAUGAGUGCACACUGCCAGCCCCCAAUUGGGCUAAUCAGCCCAGGAGAGGGAUAAAGCCAAGCCGAAUGCGGCAGUUCGAGAGAGAGAGAGAGAGAGAGAGAGAGAGAGAGUGUGAGUGAGUGAGAGAGUGAGUGAGUGAGUGUCACACGCAGCUGCUGUGUGUGUGUAAGUUUGUCUUUUUAAGUUUUCAUUAAACAUUAUUUUGAUGGUGCAUCCGGUUUACGCCUCCUCCUUGCCCAUUUUAAUCAUGUUACAUUCAUAUAAUUCAGUUCACUAUUAUUUGCCCUUCUUUGUAAAGUAGGCUUCACUUUUGUGUCAUCUCUGUUUGUGUCAUUGUAGGUUGCGUCAUAUUUCAGUGAAUAAACUUUAACUACAAUAAUAAACUAUAACAUUGAGAUAUUGUUACUGCCUUUGAACAAAUGUAAAAAAUCAUAUCCCACAUUUUGCAUGUAACCAUGUUUUUGCUUGAUUGUCCAUAUUACAAAAAAAAAAAAAAAAGAAAAGAAAAGAAAGAAAAAAAAAACCUGUAAUACUUUAAUUACCAGAGAAUACAAAUUCACACAAUUUAGGGUUAAAAUGUAUUUAGAAAUGCACCAUAUGUUUGUAACAGGGUUACGAAAAUUGCAAAAAUCUUUUACAAUAAUAAAACAGCUCAUAUAAUACUUGACCUCCUGAGCUGACGAUCAACAUUUUCUGAAAUUUACGCACCUCCUUUCACUGAUCAUUUACUGAAAAAGAAAAUUAUUUUUCCCCAGAAAGAAAAAAGAGAAGGAAAUAAAAUCAGCAGAUUGUAUGCUACAGUUUCUAAAACUGAAAAAGUGUCUAAAACAGCAAUUUAUACGUCACACUGCAGCAGCGACUUCUUAGUAAGCCAGAGAACAUGACAAUCAGGGACAUUAUUCU